ACAAGUACUAAGUAACAGGUAUCUGGAUAGAUUCGAUACAAAGCGCAAUAUAAUUCAUACACCUUCCUAAAAAACAAGGACAGUGGCCGUCCACAAAUCCAUGGCAACCUUGAUUCUCUACUUUCUUGUGAUUUUAGCGUUGUAUGCCAUAACAAGGCACUUCCUUGACAAGAUAAAAAACUUCCCUCCUGGUCCAUUUCCUUCACUACCAAUCAUUGGCCAUCUCUACCUACUGAGGAAGCCAAUUUACAGGACACUAUCAGAAAUCUCUAGCAAACAUGGCCCUGUAUUGUUGCUCCAGCUGGGAUCUCGUCGACUGCUUGUUGUUUCAUCCCCUUCAAUAGCUGAGGAAUGCUUUACCAAAAAUGAUGUUGUCUUUGCUAACCGCCCACGUUUGCUCAUUGCAAAGCAUCUUGCCUACAACUCCACAAGCCUUGCUUGGGCACCCUAUGGCGACCACUGGCGAAACCUUAGGAGGAUCGUCUCUAUUGAAGUCUUGUCUGCAUACCGCCUCCAAAUGCUUUCUGCCAUACGUCUGGAGGAGGUGAAGUCAAUGAUUUGUGUUCUCUUUCGUAAUCAGAAGCAUACUGUAGAUAUGAAAACUGUUUUCUUCGAACUGACACUGAACAUCAUGAUGCGGAUGAUAGCUGGAAAGAGAUAUUAUGGAGAGAAUGUUUCAGAUAUGGAAGAAGCAAAAAAGUUUCGAGCAAUUCAUGCUGAAACCUUCUUGAUAGGUGGGAAAACCAUUAUUGGAGACUACAUACCGUGGAUUAAAUCAAAAAAGAUGGAGAAGAGAAUGAUAGAGUGCCAUAUAAAGAGGGAUAGUUUCAUGCAGUACUUGAUAGAAGAGCAACGGAGAAAAAUAUUGGAGAGUGAUUGUUGUGGCGAAAAGAAAAAGAAUCUGAUUCAGGUUCUGCUUUCUCUGCAAGAAACUGAACCUGAGUAUUACACGGACGAUAUCAUCAAAGGGAUUGUGCUGGUGCUCUUAUUGGCGGGAACAGACACUUCAUCUACUACAAUGGAAUGGGCACUUUCACUUUUGCUUAACCAUCCCGAAGUUCUCGAGAAGGCUCAAAGAGAAAUCGACGAGCAUAUUGGGCAUGAUCGUUUGAUGGAUGAAGCUGAUCUUGCCCAACUUCCUUACCUCCGCAGCAUCCUGAAUGAAACGUUACGGAUGUACCCGCCUGCUCCGUUACUAGUACCUCAUGAGUCAUCAGAAGAAUGUCUGGUUGGAGGAUUCCGCAUUCCACGUGGCACGAUGCUCUCUGUAAAUAUGUGGGCCAUUCAAAAUGACCCUAAAAUCUGGCCGGACCCUACAAAAUUCAGACCUGAGAGGUUCGACAACCCAGAGGGGGGACGAGACGAGUUUAAGUUGAUGCCUUUCGGGCAUGGAAGGAGGAGCUGUCCUGGAGAAGGCUUGGCCCUGAGAGUGGUGGGAUUAGCAUUGGGCUCGCUCCUUCAAUGUUUCGAGUGGCAGAAGAUUGGUGAUAAAAUGGUGGACAUGACCGAGAGUCCCGGAUUCACCCUUCCGAAGGCAAAACCACUAGAAGCUAUAUGUAGGGCACGCCCACGUAUGCUUACACAUCUUUCUCAAAUAUAAACCGCAUAUUCUUGGAUGACUUUUGUUUGA